CUCCCUCUCGCUCGUCCCUCCUCCCCCGCCUCCCAACCACCGCCUCCCCCCUCCCGGAUCCCCUCGGGCCGCCGGAUCCGGCGAGGCAGAGGGGCGCGCCCCGCGGCAGAUCCGAGGCGGCUCCGCGGAACAUUCCUCCGGUCCGGGCGGGCGCCACCUGGCAGGCGAGGGGCGUAAUUCCGAGGGGAGGACGAGGAGCCGGGAGGCGCGGGGGAGGUGGAUGAGCGCGGGGAGGCCUCGCCGCGGCACAGCGUAGGAGCCCCGCGCGCCGCCGGGAAGAAGCUAUGAUCGAGCAAUUCGUUAAUUUCGUCAUCCGCCCGCCCCGGUCAGAAUAUAAUCCAGAUCAGUAUCUAUGGGACACAGAGUUUAUCCUCGCUGGACGGAAAUACAAACGACUAGACUUGGAGCUUACGAACGCAAGAGGCUAUAUCUUAAAAUGCAGCCACUAUGUUCCUGCUUUUAUCCCAGAGAAGACUGCCCUCCCAUGUGUGGUCUACUGCCAUGGAAAUAGCGGAUGCCGAGCAGAUGCAAAUGAAGCCGCUGUAAUACUGCUUUCUUCAAAUAUCACUGUUUUCACACUUGACUUUUCUGGGUCAGGUCUAUCGGGUGGAGAUUAUGUCAGCCUGGGUUGGCAUGAGAAAGAGGACCUCAAAUGUGCGGUGUCACAUCUCCGGGCCAAUAAGCAAGUUUCCACUAUAGGCCUUUGGGGGCGAUCGAUGGGUGCUGUUACAAGCCUACUUUAUGGAGCCGAAGAUCCCUCUAUUGCUGGCAUGGUAUUGGAUAGUGCUUUCACUAAUUUGUAUGACUUGAUGCUGGAACUCGUCGACGUUUACAAAAUUCGAGUUCCUAAAUUCACGGUUAAGAUGGCUGUACAGUACAUGCGGCGAAUCAUUCAGAAAAGAGCCAAGUUUGACAUAAUGGAUCUUAAUGUUUUAAAGUUGGCUCCCAUGAUGUCUAUCCCUGCAUUAUUUGGUCAUGGCCUGAAUGAUAUGUUUAUUCAGCCCCACCAUUGCGAGCGUAUUCACGAGGCAUAUGGGGGGGAUAAACGUAUAAUAAAAUUUGAGGGUGAUCACAAUUCCCCAAGACCUCAAUCUUUUUAUGAUUCAGUUUCAACAUUCUUCUACAAAACAUUGCGUCCUCCUCUGUUGCCUUCAGCACGUUCGAAUAAGCGACUUAUGGGUGCAUAUAAAGUUGGUAACAUAACCAAUGAGAGCUUCUUCUCUAAAAUCGUCGAUGGUCUACAGUCAGCUAACACUGCCACCUGCAGUUCAUCGACAGAUGCACCUAACAUUCUGAAUGCUAAAACACCUGCAGUUGAAUUGCUGUCAGAAAGCUUGAACCAGCUCUCUGUCAAGAAAGAGACUGACUUGGGUUCCCUUUUAGAUGAAAAUCAUAGCCUGUCAGAGAUGGAUGGGGAUAGUGUUGGGUUACGUUUGCAGGAUAAAAUUAGUAGGCACAAUGAGGAGUCCUGCUCAUACACGAGCUCUAACAGAGAAAGUUGGGGCAGAUGUUCAUCUGUAGGAGCGGCCAGUGAUGAUGAAUCAUUCUCAGGGGAUAAUAAUUAUAAGCAGGAGAAUAAGGCAGUGAAGGCUCUGGCUACGCCUCUAAGACAAAGCCAGAGGAAACCAUCUGAGAAAGCUAAGGAGAAGAAGAUCCGAGUACUGUGGAAGAAAAUUAAGUGCGAGAAGGUGGAGAUGGGGGACAGUCUAUCACAGCGCUUCAGGAUGUGCCUCGGGCAAUCUCCUCGGCACAAGAGGAAUAAAUCAUCUGGAGCGCUCACAACUUCAUAGCCCUGACAAGCCUGCUUGAACCACUGAUCGUCCUGAUUCUGACCGACUGUUGUCACUGCGACACUGUAACCUGUAGCCAUAGGUGAAUAUACAUAGCUUGACGCCACAAUCGCGUGCCAGGAUGCUCAACGGCUGAGAGGCGCGCCCUUGUCUUGUAUCAUCCCCUGUAAUUGCCUGAAACAAGUGUAAUUGCCACCUCCGCCUUGCAGUUUACAUGUAACUUCCUUACCCCACUUCUGCAUCUUGUGGAUGCAGUGUGGCAACAGCUUGUUGGUGAAAUGGAAUGGGUUUGGUGCUUUUAUCUUGUA